CGGGCCGCGCCGGGCCGGGCGAGGCGAGGCGAAGCGAAGGCAGAGCGGCGGCGGGAGCGGGGCAGCGGGAGCCGGCGGGCCGGCCAUGGUGGGCCUCAAAGAGGAGCUGCUGAAGUCCAUCUGGCACGCCUUCACCGCACUCGACCUCGACCACAGCGGGAAGGUCUCCAAGUCCCAGCUCAAGGUCCUUUCUCACAACUUGUGCACAGUGUUAAAUGUUCCCCACGAUCCAGUGGCCUUGGAAGAGCACUUUAGGGAUGAUGAUGAAGGACCAGUUUCCAAUCAGGGUUACAUGCCUUAUCUAAACAAAUUCAUCUUGGAAAAGGUUCAAGGAAACUUUGACAAAGUUGAAUUCAACAGGAUGUGCUGGACUCUCUGUGCUAAAAAGAACCUCUCUAAAAGUCCUUUGCUGAUAAGUGAUGAAGAUGCAUUUAAAGUGUGGGUUAUUUUUAACUUCUUAUCAGAGGACAAAUACCCUUUAAUCAUUGUACCUGAAGAGAUUGAAUAUUUACUUAAAAAGCUCACGGAAGCAAUGGGAGCAGGCUGGCAGCAAGAGCAGUUUGACCACUACAAGAUUGCCCUCAACACCAGUCGAGAAGGUCUUUCUGCGUGGGAGCUGAUUGAUCUCAUCGGAAGUGGGCAGUUCAGUAAAGGGAUGGACCGGCAGACGGUGUCCAUGGCAAUCAAUGAAGUCUUUAAUGAGCUCAUUUUAGAUGUACUCAAACAGGGCUACAUGUUGAAAAAAGGUCACAAAAGGAAAAACUGGACAGAACGAUGGUUUGUGCUAAAACCCAAUAUUAUUUCCUACUACGUCAGUGAAGAUUUAAAGGACAAGAAAGGAGACAUCAUACUGGAUGGCAACUGUUGUGUAGAGGCCUUACCUGACAAAGAUGGAAAGAAAUGCCUUUUUCUCAUAAAGUGUCUGGAUAAAAGUUUUGAGAUCAGUGCCUCUGACAAAAAGAAGAAGCAGGAGUGGAUUCAAGCCAUCCAGAGCACGGUGAACCUGCUGCGGGCCGGCAGCCCCCCGCCGCACAAGGAGGCCCGCCAGAAGCGGAAGGCACUGCGCCAGAGGCUGCUGGCUGAGCACGAGGAGCUGGAGAGGCAGAUGAGAGAGCUGCAGACGGCCAACGAGAACAAGCAGAGGGAACUGGAGACCGUGCGAAAGCAACUGGAAGCAGCAGCUGCUCGUGCUGCUGAGGAAGAGAAGAAGAGACUUCAGACUCAAGUGGAAUUACAAGAUCGCUUCAGUUCGGAGCUGGAGAGAGAAAAAAUGGUGAGACAGAAAAUGGAAGAGCAGGUUGCUCAGAAAUCAUCUGAAUUGGAACAGUAUUUACAGAGAGUACGUGAACUGGAAGAAAUGUAUAAGCAGCUACAGGAAGCUUUGGAGGAUGAGAAACAGGCACGUCAAGAUGAAGAGACUGUAAGGAAACUUCAGGCCAGAUUACUGGAAGAGGAGUCAGCAAAGAGAGCUGAACUGGAAAAAUGGCACUUGCAGCAGCAACAGACCAUUCAGAUGACAGAAGCAGAGAAACAAGAGCUAGAAAACCAGAGAUUGAUGAAGGAACAGGCUCUUCAAGAUGCUAUGCAGCAACUGGAACAACUUGAACUGGAAAGGAAGGAGGCCCUUGAGCGAUACGAGGAGGUUAAGAAGAAGUUGGAAACAGCAGCUAAUAACACCAAAAGCUGGAAAGAUAAAGUAGCUCAUCACGAGGGAUUAAUUCGACUAGUAGAGCCAGGCUCCAAGAAUCCUCACUUGAUCACACACUGGGGCCCAGCCGCCUUCACUGAAGCUGAACUUGAGCAAAGACAAAAGAGCUGGAAAGGGAAAAAACCCACUUCUGAGUAAUGACAGUAGCUGACGUAUCGUGACCAGGAGCCCGCGUUCCCUCCUCCUGCUUUGCACAGAGCAGCUUGACCAGGAGCCCACCUUCCUUCCUCCUGCUUUGCACAGAGCAGCUUCUCGCUUACAAAGGUCAUAGUUUGCGCAGCAGAUUGGGCCUUUUGACAAAGGAAGUACUUUCUGUUUGCCACAUAGGAGUGCCUGCUCUGAGCUCAGCACUUACAACGUGUGGUGUUUGACAGUACUUGCUGUUUUCCCUCACAUUUCUAGAAGUUCUGUUCUUUUAUACAAAACUUUGCAGCUCAAGAUUUUGAUGUAAAUGUAGCAGGUGAGAGAAUUGUUUCUAUACUGGCCAGUAACAAUCUGACAGCAUCUAACCCAGCAGGCAGUGUCACCUUUGUGCCAAUCAGUGAGGGAAGCAACUGUUUCACUGUUCAGUUGGUGUAACUCAAACCCGGGAUAAAUAGUCCCAGACAGGUAGAGGGUUACCUUUCCUGCCUCGGAACUGCCAGUUGUUUCUUUCUCACCAGCUGUUGCUCUUCACAUGGUGCUUCAUGCUUGGAUACCUUCUUCCUUAGGGAGGAGAGGCUGCAUCACUGGGGGCCCCCGGGCUGGUCAGAUUGUGUGUCCCAUUAUCCUCUGUUUGCAGAAAUCCAAACACAAUAACUGGAAAGAGACACAUACAAAAUGCUGCUGUAACACCUGUGGAAAAAGUAGCCAUGUGAGAUUGUUCCUGUACUGUCUCAUACUUGAGAAGUGCUAAAAUGAAAAAAAAAGAUGCAGUUUGGACUUAAGAGAUUUUGGGAGCAGAUGAUGGGAAGCUGGUAGCACACACAGGCUGGUACCAUCUGCAUCAAGGCCAUGUUUGUGCAAGAACUCUGAUUUGUAACAUACCACCUGUUUGGAUGCUGCACUUUUGUCUUAAUUGGGGGCCAGGUGAAAAAGAGGAAAACGAAAUUUUAAAUGAAAAUGAUAAACAAACACAUUGCAAUAGGGCUUGAGAAAAAUCGGUUCUUGUCAGUAAAAUAAAGUGAGUGUCGCUGCAGCAAGGCUCAUGAUCCGCCUCAAAACUCUGAGGACAAAGCCAGGGAUUUCUGUUUCUGUGGGGAAAAGGACCAAGUCUGUGAUUUUGCUUUGUAGAUCUCCCCCACCAGACAUAAAGUCAACCUCUUGCCAAGGGAAAUAGCAUUUCUGCUGCAUGACAUGGGCCUUUGGGGAACUAAGCCCCCAUCCCGAGCAGCAGGUGGCUGGGGGGCCCCUCGGAGUCAGCGUUGUUUGACCUUUGUACGUACCCCAAACCCAGACCCUCUCUCAGCACCUGCUUUUUAGUUCAGCUACAUGUUAAAUUAUUUUCAGUAAGAAAGAAGUGAAGUUUCAGGUGGAUAACCAGUGCAGCACUGUGACACUUGGAUCUCAAAGAGCAAAAGCUGAACAGAAGUGAUCUUCAGGUUUGGAAGCCAAUAGCAUUUUAUUUGCCUAUUAACUAAGACUCACCCAAACACUGAAUCUUCUCAGACAUUUAUUCUCUGAUUGUAUUUUUAUACUAAUUGAUAUCUUUAAUGUCUCAGUCAAUAGAGUGCUGAUUAGAAUAGCAGGGAAGUCUGGGAUCUUCCCAUUUGUAUUUACUGUACAGGAGAGCAGCAGUUUCUUUAGCUGGCUAACAAGGCAUUUUUAAAAUUGAUCAUGUUUACAGAAGAAAUGUGAAAAAAAACCCCCUGUAAUAGAAAUACUAAUGUAUACAUUGUUAAACUUUCUUAAGGAAGAUGGAACAGUAUUUAUGACUACCAAACAUCUUUCACGUAGAGAGCAAACGGUGUAUUGGGGCUAAACUUGUUUAAUUUUUUCUAACAGUUCUAUUUUGGACAAAUAUUUUUUAAGAACACCAAAUGAUGCAUGUUUUCAUAUUUUUUACUGUUCUUUAGAAUUGGCUGUUUAAUAAAGUAAUACAAAGUCAUUUACA